AUGACCCUCAGGAGUAAUGCUGGAGCCUUCUACAGCCUGAAGUUUGUAACUCUUCUGAUUGCCCUAAAUCCAGAACUUCUAUUCCUGGAAGCGGAAGUGCAGCUUCAAGGCAAUGGGUAUGAUGGAUUACUUGUGGCAAUUAAUCCCCUGGUACCAGAGAAUCAGAACCUCAUCCCAAACAUUAAGGAAAUGAUAACUGAAGCUUCUAUUUAUCUAUUCAAUGCUACUAAGAGAAGAGUGUUUUUCAGAAAUAUACAGCUUUUAAUACCUUCCACUUGGAAUGCUCAUAAUUACAGCAAAGUAAAACAAGAAUCAUAUGAAAAGGCAAAUGUUAUAGUGACCAAUUGGAAUAGUGAACAUGGAGAUGACCCAUACACCCUACAAUAUAGAGGAUGUGGAAAAGCAGGAAAAUACAUUCAUUUCACCCAGAACUUCCUGCUGAAUGAUGACUUGACAACUGGCUAUGGAUCACGAGGUAGAGUGUUCGUCCAUGAAUGGGCCCAUCUGCGCUGGGGUGUGUUUGAUGAAUAUAACAAUAACAAACCUAUCUACAUAAAUAGGAGAAAUCAAAUUGAAGUAACAAGGUGUUCAUCUGAUCUCACAGGUAUUUUUGUAUGUGAAAAAGGCCCUUGUCCCCAAGAAAAUUGUAUUAUCAGUAAACUUUUCAAAGAAGGAUGUAUAUUUCUCUACCAUAAGAUCCAAAAUGCAACGGCAUCAAUAAUGUUCAUGCAAAGUUUGUCUUCUGUGGUUGAAUUUUGUAAUGCAAGUACUCACAACCAAGAAGCUCCAAAUCUACAGAACCAAAUGUGCAGCCUCAGAAAUGCAUGGGACGUAAUCACAGAUUCUGAUGACUUUAUUCAUAGCUCUCCCAUGAAUGGGAUUGAGAUUCCACCUUCGCCUACAUUCUCCAUCCUACAGGCUAGCAACAAAGUGGUGUGUUUAGUGCUAGAUGUGUCUAGCAAGAUGGCAGAGUCUGGCAGAUUCCUUCAACUGCAACAGGCAGCUGAAUUUUACCUGAUGCAGGUUGUAGAAAUUCAUACUUUCGUGGCCAUUGCUACUUUUAAUAGCAAAGGAGAAAUCUUAACCCAGCUACACCAAAUUAACAGUGAUGCUGACCGAAAACUGCUGGUUUCGUAUUUGCCUACCACGGUAUCAGCUGAUGCAGAAGCCAGCAUCUGUUCUGGGCUUAAGAAAGGAUUUGAGGUGGUUGAGAAGCUCAAUGGAAAAGCUUAUGGCUCUGUGAUGAUUCUGGUGACCAGUGGAGCUGAUGAGCACAUGGAGGACUGCUUGCCCACUGUGCUGAGCAGUGGCUGCACCCUUCAUUCCAUUGUCCUGGGCUCAUCUGUGGUUGGAAAACUGGAGAAAUUAUCACAUCUUACAGGAGGUUUAAAGUUCUUUGUUCCAGAUAAACCAAACUCCAACAGCAUGACUGAUGCAUUCAAUAGAAUUUCCUCUGGAACUGGAGAUAUUUUUCAGCAAACUGUUCAGCUUGAAAGUCUGGGAGAAACUGUUGAACCCUACCACCAGCUGAAAAACACUGUGAUAGUAGAUGCUAGUGUGGGCAAUGACACUAUUUUUCUAGUCACAUGGCAGACAAGUGGUCCACCUGAAAUUGUAGUAUCUGAUCCCGGUGGAAGAAAAUACUACACAAGUGAUUUUAUCACCAAUUUAGCUUUUCGAACAGCUAGCCUUUGGAUUUCAGGAACUGCUAAGCCAGGGAGCUGGAUUUACACCCUGAACAAUACCUACCAUUCUCCUCAAGCCCUGAAGGUGACGGUGUCCUCCCGGGCAUCUAGUACUGCUGUGCCUCCAGCCACUGUGGAAGCUUUCGUAGAAAAAGACAACACCUAUUUUCCCCAUCCCAUGAUGAUUUAUGCAAAUGUGAGAAAGGGGUCUUACCCCAUUCUGAACUCUACUGUCACAGCAACAAUUGAACCAGAGACUGGAGAGCCUGUUACAUUGCAACUUUUUGAUGAUGGAGCAGGUGCUGAUGUUAUAAAAAAUGAUGGAAUUUACUCACGGUAUUUCUUCUCCUUUGCCGUAAAUGGUAGACACAGCUUGAAAGUACAUGUCAAUCACUCUCCUGGCGUAAGAAAUUUAGCCUACUUUGUCCCAGGAAGCCAUGCUAUGUAUAUACCAGGUUACAUAGAAAAUGGUAAUAUUCAGAUGAAUAUGCCUAGAACAUUGGUACACAGAAGUGAGGAGGCUUUUUGCCGCAUAAGCUCUGGGGGCUCCUUUUCCGUGCUGGGAGUUCCAGAUGGCCCCCACCCUGACAUGUUUCCACCAUGCAGAAUUAUUGACCUGGAAGCUGCAGGAGUGGAAGAGGAAGUGGCCCUGUCAUGGACAGCACCUGGAGAGGACUUUGAUCAGGGACAGGCUACAAGCUAUGAAAUAAGAAUGAGUGGGAGUCUACAUAGUGUUCGAGAUGACUUUACCAGUGCCAUUUUAGUGAAUACAUCAAAACUAAACCCUCAGCCAGCUGGCACCAAGGAGACAUUUACAUUUUCACCCAAACUUUUUACCAAUGGACUUCAGCAUCAAGCUGAUGGGGAAACACAAGAAAACCACAGAAUUUAUAUCGCCAUUAGAGCAAUAGAUCAGAACACCUUGAAGUCUGGUGUAUCUAACAUUGCCCAGGUCUCUCUGUUUAUUCCUCAAAACUCUGUUCCUAUACUUAGCAGAGAUUACCUUAUACUAAAAGGAGUUUUAACAGCAGUGAGUUUGAUAGGAAUCAUUUGCCUUAUUAUAGUUGUAAUACAUUGUACUCUAGAAAGGAAAAGGAAAGCAGGUAGGGAAGGGAAUGGAAUAAGGUUACUAUGA